AUGGAAGCUCCUCAGCUUGAUUUGUUUGAUCAGAUGAGAAGUUUAGGUGUGAAGCAAAUCGUGGGAGCUCAUCAGGGACUUACAGGGGAAAGAACACCUAGAAAUGGUCAUAACAAGUUUGCUGUUGAAAUUUCAAGAGGUGGGAAGGAUGAUAUGCCUAAGGAGUUAGGUCAAAAGAUGAAAUUGGACGACAAGUUUGAGGGAUCCAAUACUGAGUAUCAACUCGCUUUGAGAAAGAUCACCGUUCAUUAUGUCUGGUCUUUAAGCAUCGUCCGUGCUGAAACUCAAAUCAACACAGCUGAUUAUUCUUGGAGAUUUUCAAUGUAUCUGGGAAUGUGCAGAUACCUGUCCAAAUUCGUUGCCUGUUUUCUGCUUCACAUAAGUUCAAAUUGUGUGAGCUAUCUUGCAUGGUCGCAGAGAAAGCUGCGGUCUUCGUCAUAUCUUGAAGCUUGGCAUUUUACUCGAUGUAAAAUAUAUAAUUUGGAUUUCCAUAAGAAAUCUUCAUAUGUUUCAUACACUCCCUUGCAACAUAGAACAGUUCUGUGUUGUACGACCGAAAAUGUCCUUCCCAACAUCAGAAAUGUACGAAAUAUUCUUCGUAAGUAUGCUUUUAGAUGCAAGGGAGCUCGUAAUGAAUCAUUUACUCAAGAAAGCACAAUAUCCUUGGAUUUGGAUGAUGAAGAAGACCUUGAAGAUACAGGGUCACCAUGGGAAGGUGCAGUUAUAUACAAGAGAAAUUCGUCAAUUUCUCAUCUUGAGUACUGCACUACCUUGGAAAGAUUAGGUCUAGGAAAACUUUCAACUGAUAUCUCUAAAUCUAGGGCUUCUGUUAUGGGAUUGCGUGUUACAAAAGCUGUGAAGGACUAUCCACAUGGGACGCCCGUUCAGAUCUCCAUAGAUGUGACCAGAAAGAAAAAAAAGUUGAGGCUUGAUGGGAUUGUAAAAUCUGUCAUCACUCUUGGUUGUAAUAGGUGUGGUCAGCCAGCUGCUGAGGGUAUAUUCUCUGAAUUCUGCCUCUUGCUCACUGAUGAACCGGUCGCUGAACCAGAGACUAUUGACUUGGGUGUUUUAUAUGGGAAAGACAUUUACAACGAUGAUAAAGAAGAUGAUGACGAGGAUGAUGACAAUGAUGCGUUGAUUGACUUAGAUGAUCGGCUGCAUUUUCCUCCUGAAAAGAAAGAAAUUGACAUUUCUAAGAACAUAAGAGACAGGAUACAUCUUGAGAUUACCAUUAAUGCUAUCUGUGAUCCCAGAUGUAAAGGGUUGUGCCUGAAAUGUGGUACGAAUCUGAAUACUAGCAGUUGCAAUUGUAGCAGAGAGGAAACUAAAGAAAAAGGCUUAGGCCCUCUUGGGAAUUUGAAAGAGCAGUUGCAGCGAUAAGGUAGGUGGAAGCUUGUGUUUCACUUUGUAAGUUUUUUUAAUUAAUCUUUGAAGAUAAUGUCAUUAGUUAUUCUGGAGAAAUUUCUAUAAUGA